UGCUCUUUUGUUUGUAUGAUUUAAGCGAUGCGCGAAGGAGUGAUGCGCAUUCGAAUUCUGCAUGCACCUGAAGGGCCUCUUCAUAAACCGUGUGAAUCCCGUCUUUGUCAACCCAAACAAACCAGCAUUGUCCCCUUUUUUUCAAGGGGUCAAUCUUGUGACACAACCAUUUUUCAGGGAUAGCCUCGUCAACCCCCAAAUUUCGAAAGAUUGAACCUUCAUUAUUUUUGAUCAACCUGCAAGCAACUUUACACGAUACCGAUUGUGAAAGCAAUGGAAACCCCUCUAAAUAAACCUUGCUACUGAGAGAGAAGCUGGUUUUGUCCUCCCAUCUUCUCACAAUUCGCAACAAAACAAAGCAACAACCGCAACCACAACCAACGGGACCACACAAUACAGACAGCAAUGCCAUACACGCUCAACAACAUGAACCAACACUUUGAUGGAAAUUUCAACGUCUACGUCAAUCCCAAGGGAAAGAGAAUGCUGCAUCCUGGCUUUCGACCAGGCCCCUACGAUGUUAUCUGUGCUCGAGGAAAGCAAGCGUUUGAUCACGAGGGCAACAAGAGGUUUCGUGCCAUUGUCAAGAUGAACAGGGAUGCCUACGCCGAUGCAUUGACCAAGUACCACAAGUCUCAAAUUGUUAGCAAAAUCACAUGUGCCAUCCGACAUGCAAGUCCAGACGGUGGAUUCGUCAAACUCAUCAACAAUCGAUGGCACGAAGUGGGAGACCGCACAGCCAAGGAAAAGAUUGGUCAGACAUUCAGAGAUCUCCUGGACCAGCAGUAUUCAUCAUCUACCAAGGCCAAGGCCCGUGCCCGCAUCCAACGCCGUGUCGAUACCUUCGGAUCAGACUCCCCAGAUCAGUCUGAGACAUCCAAACAAGAUGAAGAAGAAGAAGCUGAGAACAUGAGCACGGUCUCGGUCGUCACUCACGAGUCUACAUCCGAACGCAACAAGAAGGACAGCAACAGCACCCCAGAUCACGUUGAAAUUGUCAAGGUCGAACCACCACAAGAACCAUCAUUGUUUGAUACAUUCAGUCAGCUCAUUGACAACUCACAAGCGUCCGAUGACUUUGAGCCUUUGCCUUUGGACUAUCCCACAUUUAUUGCCACAGAAUCAGACCAUGCCGCCUCCAGCGACGACGAAUCACUGGAUGAACUGCAAGAUAUUUGCGACUAUGUGGGCGUGUCAUGCUAGUGGUAGUCGAAUCGAAGGCAUCGUAACUGUAUUGAAUAUUUAUUUGUAAUUGACGCGUUAUAGCUAUGUAAAUGACAAAAGAAACGUAAUCUCCCAG